GAGGCGGAAAUAUUUGUUUGACAACCGCAUACCGUUUUUGUCACUUCUUGCAGUUUUUGUUGCAGCGUGAAAGUGGUGGUCAUCUGUAAAGAGUAACGUAAAGAAAAAGAAAAAUAUGUAAAAAUAUGUGUCAGUAAUGUCAAAAGUGCAUUUUAAAAGAAACGAAAAAUUGCAUUAUGGUUUUCUCGACGUGUUUUACUCUUAGAUUCAGUGCUUAGACCAUUCAUGUAUUACUUCCGAAGAAGCUGUGAUAUUAGUGUUUUAUCAUAGAGAUCAAGAAAGAGAUUAUCCUCCUGUUUGUUUACACAGAAUAAAGACUGAUACUAUAUGUACAUAAUCUAGAAUCAUCCUCAAAGAUGGAGCACGCUCAAUUAAUAGAAGAAAUGCCCCGCAUCGAACAGAUGCCCACCCAAGAUAGGCUGAUGCUCGCCAGGAAGAGGCGCAGUCAGCAACUGAAGCUGUACACGCAGAAGGACAAGGAGCAUAAGAAGAACAACAAACAGUUGAAGAGCAACAAAAGAGGCAUCGUGUUUGAGGACAGCGUGGUGUUAUUGGAAGCUGCAGCUAGAAACGACAUAGACGAAGUAAGAAGAUUGCUAAUGAAAGGCGUGAGUCCAGAUUCUUGCAACGAAGAUGGACUGACGGCCUUGCACCAGUGUUGCAUAGAUGACAACGAACCCAUGUUGUCACUUUUACUGGAAUACGGAGCGAAUGUCAAUGCGGAAGACAGCGAAAAAUGGACACCAUUGCACGCGGCAGCUACAUGUGGUCAUUUAAAACUAGUUAGGAUAUUAAUCUCGAGGGGUGCGAAUCUUUUAGCGGUAAACGCCGAUGGUAACAUGCCCUACGACAUUUGCGAGGAUGAACAAGCCUUGGAUUACAUAGAGAGCGAGAUGGCGAAGAACGGAGUUACCCAGCAACUGAUAGACGAAACCAGAGCGAGCACCGAGAGGCAGAUGCUGAACGAUAUGAGGAUUAUGGUACAAAAAGGGGAAAGUUUGGAUCAGUACGACUUUCAAGGCGCCACACCGCUUCACAUUGCGGCAGCCAACGGGUAUCUUUCGGUAGUGGAGUUUUUAUUAGAGCACGGUGUAAGGACAGACGUGAAGGAUAAAGAUGAUUGGCAGCCAUCGCAUGCGGCAGCUUGCUGGGGUCACAUAGAAGUUUUAGAGAUGCUGGCUCAAGCAGGGGCCAAUUUGAAUGCAAGAAAUCGAAACGAAGAAACACCUUCAGACAUCUGCGAAGAUCCAGAAAUCAAAGAGCGUAUACUAGAACUGAAAACGGAACAGGAAAUCAAGAAACAAGCGGAAGCGAAGAGGAAAGUGAAGCGAUCCCAGAGUAACACCAGGACCCAGUCCGUCCGUAGAACGUCCUUGAGAGAUAAAGGCUUGACUGCAAGAAGAGACGCCGUUGAAGAAGCUAGGUUAAGGUUGCAAGCUGGUAGUGGCUCGGAACUGGAUAAUAACGACAUAUCUUCGAACAUUCCUCCAAUAAGCGCUGUCCGUAACGGCGCACCAAUCAACAACAAUCUAGAUUACAAUCUUACGAAUAACAACAAGCAAAGAAUAGACACGUUAGAUUCAAACACCGGCGCUUUACAAACUCUUGACAGGAGAGACCCAGAUGGUAAAGACAACGAUUCGACGAUAGACGGUGGAAUAUUAGAUUCGAAAGAAAAAACGUAUACCACCGAUGUAAACGGCAAGGUAACUGUUCAUGUGGUUGUGACAAUAAAUGGCAACGGAACAUUAGCUGACCUUAAGAAGCAAAGGAUGCAAAUUAGAAACAGCAACGCAUCUCCGGUGGGUAGCUUAGACGAAUCAGAGUCGUCGCCCCAAAAUUCGAAUUCCACGGAUAUCAUCAGGUUUACCGGCGACACGACACAAGAAAACGUAGAAUACGCCAAACCCAAAAGAUGUUGCGUCAUACAGUAAGACAAAUAAGUCUUUUUUAUAAAUAAUACAGCAACAAUUUUAAAUCUAAGAAUUAUCGAUUUUAAGCACUGAAAAUCUUUCGAUUCCACGUUUCGUCAAAUAAUGUAAGUACCUUCCGUCAUUUCGUUUUUUGUAUACAGAUUAGUAAAUCUGUUUAAA